CCUCUUGCUCUUCGUCGUCAGUUCGUGCUGCACUCGUUAUGGUGGCACCAUUCUCAAGAGUUUCCACAGCAGAGUACGAUUUGGUAGAGGAAUCAAUGAGAGGUGAACGUGCGGUUGAUUCUUCAACACUGUCGGCUGAGUGAAUUUGCACAGUAUGGUCUUUCAUAUUGGUGAGGUUCAAGAAGAAAGGUCAGGUUGGAAACCCACAUGUGACUUCGUUUCAUUUCACUCUGUGAGCAACUGACAUUCGGUGACUUGGAAUUUCGGGGAAGCUCAAUUGCUCCUGCUUAUUUUCAGCACAAUGACCGGUGAGCCCGCUCCCAAGCAUCGCAUCCCAAACACGGAAUUUGUCAACGUUGAAUACCCUGGAAGGGUGCAAAACCAUGACAGAGCGUUUGAAAAUCUCGGUGGAAUCCAAUUGCUGGAAAAGAGAAUGAACAACAAGGAACCAGAAAUCGAACUCAAAUUUCGCCCCAAGGAUCCCUUCGCCCACGGCAUUCCCGGCAACGUGAUGAAUACCAAAAAUUUAUUACUCAAAGUGACGCGACAGGUCAACGCGAACAAUCCAGACGAACAGAUCGGAGACCAUAAAGCCGAAGUAGUAGGCUAUAUAACCAAAACUUGCCGUUUUCGAGCAAUGGCGGAUUUCCAGUAUUUGGUAGCACCAGAAAACCGCGUAUCGCAGGUGAAGAAAGCGGUGAUGGAGUGUGAUGUAAACAAGAUGAUGGAUUUUGUUCCUGCUGAAAAUGACUAUGAAAACCUCGAGCUAGUCCCACCACCACUGUUCACCAAGCAAGAAAUGCCAUUUGACUACAGCUAUCAGCAAAACCCAGCUGUUGUUAAGGUGAAAAUUCGGCAACCGGAUGGAUCUGUGGCGGUCAAAUUGGUCAACAGAUACAAACAGCGAAAAGAAACUCACUACAUCAUACCCUGGGAAGCAAAGGUCAUUCCAGACAAGCCCCCGAAUAACUUUCGACCGCUUGAAGGCGAAGCGAUGCAGAUAUUAUCUCGCGUGCAAGAGCUCUUUCAAGAACGCCCGAUAUGGACGAGGUUCGCUCUGAGAGCUAUGCUGCCACCUUCCACUCAUAAAUACCUGUCUCGCGUCUUGCCUGGUAUAGGAUACAACGUUUCCAGUGGCCCUUGGAGAGAUACUUGGAUCCGAUAUGGCUAUGACCCAAACAAGCACCCCGAAACAUACCAGUACCAGCUUCUUGACCAGCGAGGAUAUCUCAAAGCAAAAGCACCAGCGACCUCUCGGGCAAAGCGAAAACCGUUAGACUCGAACGAAGUGGGAUCAAAGGAGCACUCCCAUCAAGAUGAUAUUCCAGCUAUGAAUCACCAGUGGGAUGGUGUUAUAAAACCUGAAGGACAAAACAACUAUAUGUUGUGUGAUAUAUUGAUACCUGAAUUUCGUAAAGUCAUACAAGAUCCAAGAUAUCGGAAAGAGACCUGUACAAAAGAGAGCGGAUGGAUUUAUCCCACAGUAUACAAGGAACUACGAAAAUUCAUGAAAGCGGCAUACAAUGCUGCGAUAGACGGCCAAAACCUACCAACUAUGAGGGAAACAGGCGUGGACUUUGAAGCCGCGCUCAAGGAGGACUUACGUGCUGAAGAAAAUGCUAAUGCUGAAAGCAGUGCUAUGGAUAUAGAUGAGAAUGCCACAGUUGCAGAGGCGGCGUCUGCAGGACCAGACGUCUCAGCUCGGGUAAGUGUACGAACAUGCCAACGGGACUUAAUUGCAGCACAUUAACAGAUACGGCAUUUCAGGUCGAUGAACUUAUGCGCAAUCUCCAAAAAGCUCAAGACUUUGAAGACGACUUGGAAUUGGACGGAAUUGAAGAAUAUGAAGAUGUAUUCGGAGACGACGAGGAAGAAGAGGAAGAAGAAUACGAAGAUAAUGGAAUAGAACAUUCUGAUGGUGAAGUAGACGAACUAGCGGACGAGGACUGACGUAGUCAAGGGGUAUUAAAAUAGGAAUUCGGUGGUGAAUUCUUGGUCUUGGAUGCUAGUAACUUGAACACCCUUUGAACG